AUGUUUCUAAGUCUGAACUCUGUGAACAUACGAGCCAACAACAUAUUUGCCCUUGCUGGAGUCGCAUUUAGCACCUUGGCGGGUGCAAUCGUCGAUGGCACUGACGCAACAAGCCUUGAGUAUCCUUCCGCCGCAACUCUCUUCAGAAGUGGUGCUUUCUCAUGCGGAGGCGCCGUCGUGGGAGAACGUACCGUUCUAACUGCUGCCCAGUGCAUCGAUGGAAAUGAACGUCGCCCACAAGACUACACUGUCCGUGUUGGUAGCGCCGACCGAAGCACCGGAGGCUCACUCGUCCAAGUCUCCCGAAUUGUUAAGCAUGGCUCCUACGGAUCCUCCACCCUCAAUUAUGACUUUGCCAUUCUGUACCUUGCUCAAGACAUCCUUGGGACCCCUGAUGUCACCGCCGUAUUGCUACCAGAGACAGAUGCUGGCAGUGCCAGCGAUUUUCCUGUGAAAGUCGCCGGCUGGGGAAGAUUGGGCGCAGCGGAAGGACCUUCAUCAACCCUGCAACAGGCCAAUAUGCUUAGCCUCGAGCGAUCCACAUGCUCUGCUCAGUGGAAGAGCACAAUGUCAGCCCAAGUGAUGUGUUUCCAGCCGGAUGAGCUCAUUGAGCCAGGAACAUCGGCAUGCAAUGGGGAUACUGGGGGCCCAAUUGUGGAUGAAUUUGGAGGAACUGUGUACGGCAUAGUCAGCCGUGUGUCGCAGGAUUGCACAGCUACACCACGUGCGAAUAUCGGUGCCAAUGUGUAUGCGGUAAAGUCAUGGAUCAAGGCAAACAUGGCAUAG